CAGGGUUACAUGCAUUGUUCACUCAGCUGAUAGAGAGAUCGCUACCGGUAAACCUCUUAGGGAUCUGAAUGGUUACUCUAGUCUUGCAACACUACUCACAAUGAUGCAGGAUCAGCCUCCAGCCCACCUCUUCUACUCUCUGCGACUACACACACUCACAGACAAACACACACAUGUUCACAUGCCCGUCUCCUGCCUGCGAUUAACGUCCAAAUCUUAAUUCUUGCCCACAUUCCUGAGUAAACCCCACCGCUUUGUCAGUCGUUGCUCCAUUGCUGCAUGACCACACGGGACUCUGCCACUGAGAGGACUGCACUUGUACAGGAACAUUUCACCCUGGGCUUUCCAGUUUUUCAUCCUGGUCAGUUUGGAGGACCUAAAUCAGAUGCUGCCUGAUGCCAAAUGGCUGCAACCUAACCAACCAAAGAAGAAAUAAAGCUAAAGGAAUUUCUUCCACUGGAUUUUGUUUGUUUGCCCUUGCAGGGCAGCGUCUUUAUUUUUUAUUUGAGUCAUCUUAAAUAACUUGCAGGUAACAAAGCCAACACCGGAAAGCAACACCGGAAAUACCUUUUUCAGUCCAGGAUCCAAAGAUGGACCCGUUUACAUUCAGUCCACGUUUGCGCUCAGACAGUAUGAGCAGCUCAGCAUCUCAGGGCUCCAGGUCCAAGAUGCUCCUCCGCCAGCGUUUGUCUCAGCUGCUGACCUGCAUAGAGGACAUGAGCUCUGACGACGAAGCCAGUGAAGAAGUGUCCCGCACGCUGGACGAAGCGUUUCAGCUCUGCGGGUGCUCCAUUCCCACAGACACAUUCAGGCUGCACAUGGCAACCUGGAACGUGGCCACAGCGGAGCCUCCUGAAGAUGUCACCUCGUUGCUGCAGCUAGAUGUCCAGCCCCCCACAGACCUCUAUGUGAUUGGCCUGCAGGAGGUGAAUGCCACCCCUGUGAGGUUUAUCUCUGACAUGUUAAUGGAGGACUCUUGGAGCCACGUCUUUAUGAACACACUGGCACCCAGAGGCUUUGUCAAGGUCACAUCUAUGAGGAUGCAGGGUUUGCUGCUGCUGGUUUUUGCCAAACAAAUUCAUCUCCCCUACAUCAGAAACAUCCAGACCACCUACACUCGUACUGGCAUCUUUGGCUACUGGGGUAAUAAAGGAGGGGUGACCGUGCGUUUUUCCUUCUAUGGCCACAUGGUGUGCUUACUUAAUUGCCACCUAGCAGCUCACAUGAACUACGCUCUGCAGCGUGUUGAUGAGAUUGAGUACAUCCUGGAGACACAAGAGUUUGACAUCGCUGACACCCCACAUGUCCGGGAUCACAAGUUGGUAUUCUGGUUUGGCGACCUGAACUUCCGCAUUGAAGACCACGGCUUGCACUUCCUCCGCUCGUCCAUCAACAAGGAGCGCCUUAAUUUGCUGUGGGACAAAGACCAGCUCACCAUGAUGAAGAAGAAGGAACCCUUCCUGCAGGAAUUUGAGGAAGGGCCAUUAAAUUUUAAACCCACCUACAAAUUUGCCCGUAACUCUGAAACCUAUGAUACCAGUGGCAAGAAAAGGAAACCAGCCUGGACGGAUCGGAUUCUGUGGCGCAUCAAACCCAAAAUCCUGCCUUCAGAGGAUGAUGAUGAGAAGGCAUCGACUUCUACUGAUGAUGACCUCGAUGAGUAUCCGCUCCUGGUCACUCAGGACAAGUACACCAGUGACAUGAGUUACGGAGUCAGUGACCACAAGCCUGUCAUUGCAACCUUCAGUCUGGAGCUGAGGAAGUGCUUUGACACGCCACUGGUGCACGUAUCUCCCCUGGGUGUAUGGAGCGCUGACCAGGAUGUACUUCUUAACUACACCAUCCAAGAGGACUUCAUGUCCUCCACAUGGGACUGGAUCGGCUUGUAUAAGGUGGGAUUCAAGAGUGUGUUCGAUUAUGAAACCUUUGUUUGGGUUAGAGAGAAGGAGUUGCCAGAGCUAAAUGAAGUCAUACAGUUAUCUGUGGAUAAGGAUGAGGUCCCUCUGCUGUGUGGACAUUAUGUUUUGGGUUACUACAGUACAAACAUGCAAAGCAUCGUCGGCCUCAGCGCUGACUUCCAGAUUCUGGAGUCAAAGCGUGCCGUCAUGGAAGGUCUCGUUCCUGACAACAUCAAUGGACUCAACGAAUAAGAACAAAUUCACCACAGCGCCACAUCGUAUUCCUCUCCCCUGCUGAUUCAGUUAUUUAAAAAUGGCCACCUGGUCACAUGGACUUUAAACUUUAAUUUGUUGUUUCCAAUUGUGCCUUUUAAAGAGUUCACCUUAAGUCAGAUUCACUCUUGAAGGAACAGUUUCUAUACAAAAAAAGUUUACCACUGUAAUAAAUGGUUUUGAAGCUUAUCCACAGGCCUUUUUUGCCCGUUUGAGCAAAAAAACAAAGGAAUAAGUUAAGUUUUGUUUGUGAAAGUAGUGGUCAUAUACUGCAGGUCAAUGCCAUCCUUGGUCAAAUUGUAUUUGAAAAUAAAUGGUUAUGUUUUGGUUUGGUCUACAUUAGUGCCAAUGCAGAGGAUUGUACAAUAAUUCUAAGAAAAAUCUGCUUCUCGUGGGAAACUGUUGUAUAGAAGAUUCUGUUGAUGCAGGCUGUUUCAUUAUAUCUGCUGUCCUAAUGCAGAAGGAUGUAAGAUUUAAAUUAUUGCUAUGGAUUAUUGGACCCAAGUGUUUUAAGGUGAAAUGGUAAAGAUAGGAGACACAUUUAAAAUAUUAAUCCUCUAAGAAAAUGUAAUGUUAGAUGUGGAUUUUGAUGUGGACUUUUACACUGAGGUGUUUGAGUCUUAUAUUGCUUUAUAACAAAUAUGUGUCAUGUACAUGAGAUCAUAUAGCUAAGUAUAAUGUGUACCAUGACAGACUCUAAGGCAGUGAACAGAAUUAUAUUAUUAAUAAAUGUUUCUUCUUAAUCGUGUUCUAAACUUCUUAACUCUAGUUUCUCACAAUAGUGCAAUACAGGAUGCUUUUUCUAUCCCAAUGCAAACAUUAAUAUUAUUGACGAAAAAUAAAGUGUUAAAAUGUC